UUCAACGACUGGGGUGCCUGAUUCAUCGCAGAUGACUGGAACCCUAACCCUACACUAUCCAUCCAAGAGGGUAGUCCCCACACCAUGAAUGGAGGCAGGAACGCGCUUUGUUCUUAAUAUAGGGUUCAUCAGAUUUGAAGUGGAGACCCAUAUAGUGGAAGGAAGCGAGUAGUAAACUGAGGAAAGAACAUUGUCUCAAUGGGUUAAUGGAAAGUUAAAAGAUGAGGUUGACCUAAAAGGCCAAGACCCAAUAACCCCACCAUAGUACUCCACUACCCCACGUCUUCUCUUAUUUGGUAAGUUUAUUAACAUAUAUAUUAAUUAAGUGUUUCCUUGUUUUUUUCUCCCUUUUCUGGUAGAAAUUAAGUGUUACCUUGUUGGAGGUCAUGACCUCGGCUUCCUGGUUAGGGUAAGUGUAUCUUCAGGUUCCCUCUCCUCCUCCUCCUCCUCUUCCUCCUCCUGUUUAUACAUUGUUAGGGUAAGGCUUUUUUCUAGGGUUUAAUGGUUUAAGAAUUUAGAAGAUAUCGGCAGGUGGAGUGCUAGAAGCGAAGAACCUACAGAUCGAAGAGGGGUUCUACUUCUUACGUGGAAGAGUUGAGUUCUGUUAUGGGUAAUUCUUCAUGUUGUAUAAACACAUCUGGCUCUGACAAUUCAAUUAUCAAUGAAAAGGAGAUCGAGCUAAUUGAGGAGGAACACAUAAGCGAUCUUCCGGAUGAGGUCUUGAGCUACAUUAUAUCAUUGUUGACAUUGAGAGAAGCAGUGCGAACUAGUACUUUAUCGAGAAGGUGGAAGUAUCUUUGGAAGACAUCAGUUUCCAAUCUUGAUUUUGAUGCUGAAAACAUGCUUGGAAGCCUGAGCCCCUCAACACAUGAAGGUUGGCAAGAAAGAACAUCCAAAUUUAUAGAAGUGGUUGAUCAAAACUUGAAGCUUCUUCAAGAUUUUAAGGUUGAAAGGUUUAGGAUUUGCUCUCCCUUGGAUAGCAGGCAUGGGUCUAAUCUUUCCAGAUGGGUCCAGUUUGCAAUAAUAUCAGGGGUCAAAGAACUUCAUCUUGACUUGUACAACAAAAGUAGUUCCACACCUCAUGAUAGGCUUUACAACAUUCCCUCUGGGCUUCUUGGUUGUGGGAAAAAGUACUCCUUGAAUCACUUACAUUUGAGUUGUUGCACCUUGAGCAUCUUGAGACCUUGGCCUGGUUUUGAAGGUUUUGAAUCACUUACCACACUCUCCCUAAAAUAUGUAUUUCUGACUGAGAAAGUUGUGGAGGAUAUAUUGUCUUGUUGUACUCUCCUUGAAUGGCUGAAGUUGGAAAAAUGCAACAAUUUAUUGAGUCUAAAGAUCUCCAGCCCAUCCCUCAAGUACCUUGAAGUAAAUGAACUUUCUCAUUUAGCUGAAAUCAGGUUAUGUGCUUCAAGUCUUGUCACAUUUGAGUUCACAGGGCACAUGGUUGAAAUCUGCUUUGAGAAUACUCCACUAUUGGUAAAUUUAAUGCUCCAUACUGUGGGCUUCCAUUCCUGGGAUGGAGCUACCUUUGCCCUUACAAGACUUCCAGUCUAUAAUAUCCUCCAUCUUGAGUCUCUAUUCGUUUACAACACCAGGCUUUAUCUUGAGCCAGUGUUUCCAUUAGAAAGCUUACCGACUUUCAAUAAACUUACCAAAUUAGUAAUGGUUACUGGAAUACCAGAGAAAGAUUUUUUCUUCUGGACUGUUACCCUUAUGAAGGUUUCUCCUUUCUUGAAGGCACUCCAACUCCAUCUAUCUCACUUAAAAGAUGAAUCUGAAUCAAGAGAAAUUGCUAAGCCUUCUAAUUUCUUUCAUAGUCACCUAAAGUUUGUAGAGGUAAAUGGGUUUGCUGGUUACAAUGAACAAAUUGACAUAUUAACUUAUAUUCUUAAGAAUGCUAUUGCACUUGAGUCCUUGCUCAUCGACCCUCAUCCUAGAUUUUAUCUUGGAGAUGGCAAAUGGAAGACCCAUGAUCGCCAUUGCUUCUUAUCUAGAGGAGAAAGACAGCGGAUAUAUGAAUUGCUUCUUCAAGAGUCUCAGCAUGCAGGUGCAAAGCUAACAAUUCUGUAAAUCUAAUUGAUAUUCUUUCUUGUAACCAUACAAGUUAUAGCAAGUAUUGUAAAGAAUCCAAGAACAAAGUUGACUCAAAUAUAGGUAGACACGAUUUUUCUUGGAGGAGAAUUAGCUAAAGGGUUCUUGGAAUUUUAAUUAUUGAUUGGAAAUUAUUCUCUUUUAAAAAGAAAUUUCAGCA